CUAAUGUGGACCGUGCAAGAAUUUACAUGGUUGUAAUCAAUAACAAUAAAGAGAAACAAUGUGUGUAUAUAUCUUUUACAGAUUCGGAAAAUGCUUUUUGCCGAUUGAUCCACUGUGCUUAAAGAGAGUUCACUAAUAUCGAUCGAUUAAUUUAGCAAUACGGAAGGAAUCUUUCACCAGUUAGUUUCAAGAGACGGUGGUUUUAGUCACGUCUUAGAAAUUCGUGUGGUAUAUUUCAUCACGGUCAUCAGGAGUGGAACUAUAUAAUAGAUAUUAAUUUACACUAUCGAUAUUAACGUUUAAAGGAAAACAUACUUGACGUUCACGCCUAUGUGAAUAAAAAAUAUUUUUAUUCUCUGGAUAUUUUUUUUUUCGAAAUUAACAUGUGUAUUCAAAGAAAAGUGUUCGUUACACGGAGGGUUCCGCAACCCGGAAUCGAACUUCUGGAAGGGGCUGGAUGUAAGGUUGAAUUCUGGGACAGCGAUGAGGCGAUUCCAAGGGAAGAGCUUAUACGGGGGAUAUCCGGUGCCCACGCUCUGUUCUGUAUGUUGACGGACACGAUUGAUGGCGAGGUGUUGGAUGCUGCAGGACCAAAUUUACAGGUUGUAGGCACGAUGUCUGUAGGAUAUGAACACAUUGAUCUAGAAGCAUGUCGUGCACGAGAUGUUCGUGUUUGUAACACUCCGAACGUGUCCACAGACAGUGUGGCUGAGUUAACAGUGGCACUGCUGUUGCUCACUGCUCGACGAUUACUGGAAGGGGUUCAAGCCGUUAAAGAUGGACAAUGGGGGAAAUGGAAGCCUAUGUGGUUGUGUGGUAUGGAGCUGCCGCAGAAAACAGUUGGAAUACUAGGACUCGGACGCAUAGGGUAUGGCGUUGCUAGGCGACUGAAGCCAUUCGGAGUCAAAAACAUUGUGUACCACGACGUUUGCAGGGUAGGUUACGCAGACGAUAUCGGGGCUAGUUUCGUAGAAUUCGAUAAACUCUUGGCUGAAUCAGAUGUUAUUUGCAUUUGUUGUAAUCUUACACCACAGACAAAACAUAGAUUCAAUAAAUCUGCUUUCAAAAAGAUGAAAAGCCACGCCAUAUUGGUAAACAGCGGAAGAGGCGGGGUGAUAAAACACGAUGAUCUGUUAGAAGCAUUAACUUCCGGAGAAAUUGCUGCGGCCGGAUUGGACGUUACUGAACCAGAACCACUUCCGGCGGAUCACCCGCUUGUACAUCAACCGAAUUGUAUUGUUCUUCCGCACAUGGGAAGUAACACUUGGGACUCUAGGAAUAGUAUGUCGGAAACAACCGCAAAUAAUAUAUUAUCAGUAUUUAAUGACCAAACUGCCACUGGUUUGGUGCAGUAGAAAUUGAUUUUGAACUGUUUUUACUUCCAUGGUAUUUUUGUAGUUAAUAUAAAAAAUACUGUUGUUUCUAAAACAAAUACUAGAUUCAUUUCCAGUAGAACUGUUUCUAAUAAUUAUAUUAGAUUCGUCAAUUUAAGAAAAUGGACCCGUAAUUAAUUUCGACGAAUUUCGGUGUGAAACCAGAAAAAUGCCGUAGCCGUAUUAGAAGAUUACGUUAUCUGCCGGUUGUUAUUUCGGGUUCACUACCUUAACAUGCAUUCACUGAUGUGUUAUUCAUAAUUAAGAAUUGCCAAUCAAUUAAUGAAAUACGUCGAAUACGAUUGUUUUACACAAAACUAUUAUAGCUGGUAGAUUUGCCAGCUGUCAGCGAAAAAGUGUAGAAUUUUGCUAUAUUUAAAACAUCAUGCUGGUAUAGGGCUUAAAUGUAUUCAUGUAAUAUAUAAUUCCCACACCAAACUGUCAUCCAUAUGUUUCAGAGACUAUAAAUGUUUUACUUUAUGUCUAUGAUAGACCAUAUGAAGUUUCAUAAAAUUGCAUUGUCAGAUGGAAAAGUAUUCUGUAUACAAAAAUCGUGAAAGUAAAGUACAUUGCAACAAAUCAAAAGGAAGAUAAUUUUUGAAUUAAUUCAAGUUGUGGCUAUGUUAUUUAUGCUAUUUACUUCCUCCUUGUAAAUUAUUAUUACAUGAAGUGAAACUAAAUUAUCUUUAGUGAA